GGAGAAACAUCAAAAGUCGCGCGAAAUAAACGAAAUAAUAUAAACAAUUUGAUGAAUCGACCAGUGAUUCGCAUUCUCCCGGGGAUAAACAGCAUCAAAAUUGUGUGUGUUCCUGAUUUUUCGUUUAAUUUUCGGCUUCUGAUGGCGUUAAUUCUCUAGGCGAAGGGGUUGAUGCAAUUGUGGAGUAAAUUUUUUUAUUUUCGUUGGACAGUCUGUGGACAUUCUGGUGGAUAUGAGCUACAGCGAACCACUGUGGGAAAUUAACGGAAAUCAGGGCCCAUACGUUGGUGGUGAAAUGCCUGGGUACCCAAUGUGGGACAGUUCGGUGCUCUACCAGCCGCCACCGCCGACGCAUCCUCACGUCAACGAUCACGGCAAUGGGAUAUACCGCCAGCCCUGUGCUCUCCUCCACCAAAGUCGAUACACGUCGAACGGACGGAUUCCCAACCAGCCUACUUCCACAACGAAAAAACCACGACGAAGAGUGGCUUCAGUAUCACAAAGACGAGCUGCGAAUAUUCGGGAGAGGCGAAGGAUGUUCAAUCUGAAUGAAGCAUUUGAUAAACUUCGUAAGAAGGUGCCAACCUUCGCCUACGAGAAGAGACUCUCGCGGAUUGAAACCCUCCGUCUCGCCAUCACUUAUAUUGCAUUCAUGGGGGAAUUACUGGGAAUCGAACCGUCAAGCCCCAAAGCCGACUACAUUCCACGGGAAUACUACCUGCCGAACUGAAAUCCACGAUUUUUCUAAACUCUUUCGUUACGAAACCAUGAAACCAAAGAAAAUCACGAUCAUCAACUCGUCUGUCAGUUCUGAUCCAGUGAUUAGAUGAAAUUGUUUG